CAGUAGUGAGAAGAAAUCAGGGUUCAGCUCAACUUUCAUUUAGAUUCAUGGCUCAGUUUCCUCCUCUCUCUGAGGAAACAGAGAUGCUCAGUUACGUAUUCAGUUUAGUGGAAACAUUUAGGGCAUUUGACGGGGAUAACGACAGUUUGAUCUCGGCAGCCGAGCUUGGUGGAAUCAUGAGUUCACUAGGAUACAAAGUGACUGAACAAGACAUCUCCAUGAUUAUGCAACAAGGAGAUGCUAACGGAGAUGGGUUGCUGAUCAUAGAGGAAUUUUUGCAAAUGAAUACAAAGGAGAUAGAGCUAGGGGAGCUGAUGAGCUUCCUAACAACUGCUACCAAAGCUUUGGACGUUGAAGGGGAAGAAUCUGUCACAGGUAUUCAUUUGUAUGACAUUGUAGGUAGUAUGGGAAUUGGGUUGUCUUUGGAGGAUUGUAAUGAUAUAGUAGCAGCCAUGGCUGGGAAUGGAGACGGGGUUGCUAAUUUCGAGGACUUCAAACUCAUCGUUGGCUCCCUCCUAUAGAAAUCUAAAUCCCAGAUUUAUUUGUACUAAUUAUUAUAUGCUACGCAGUAACCAAUGAUAUGAAUAUAGCUGAUUUUAAGUACUGGCAUCAAAAGGCUGUAACCAGAAACUUAUGAAUGGACGAAAUCAAGUAGCAAUAUACAAUAAUUUCAAAUGA